GCAACGCUGAGAGAUAACCAUAUGUUGUUGUUGUGAAAUGGAUGCUGUCGAGGCUACCAAGAACUUCUUUGGUUCUUACGUUCAAAGUGCGAUUGGAAUUUUUUCCAGCUCGACUGGAAACGGAAACCCAUCGAUAAAAGUCGAACAAGAACUCAUUCGCUUGGCUCAAUUGAAGGCGGACUUAGCAGUGAAUGAAAUGCAGAAAAUGGCACGAGUGGCGCAUCCGGUCUUAAAACUAGCCGGUAUUUCAGGAGCAGCAGCGGUGAUAUUAGGGGCGUAUGGUGCUCAUGCUUUUUUAAAAAAAGAAAGUGUUUCUACGGAAUUUAAACAAGUAUUCGAGACAGCCAACAAAUAUCAUUUUCUACACACACUUGCACUUAUGGGUGUCCCUCUUUGUCGACGGCCUCAGCUGACUGGCACACUCUUGGUACUUGGAACAUUGAUAUUUUCUGGCACAUGCUAUUAUUAUGCUCUAACUGAAGAACGUUGGAUUCGGAAGUACACACCUUACGGAGGGUUUUUGCUUAUAUUUGGAUGGCUGUCAAUGGCUCUGUAAAAUGCAAGUAGUGCAUUACAUUGUUACGUGUUGCAAAACAAACGUUACGCUUGUGGCGUGAGAAUUCAUAGCAUCUCACAUCGGUAUAGUCGAUGAUUUUGUGUUGUGGUUGAUUUGGGUUAAAAUAUAAACACCGCUUCCAGUUU